UUUACAAGGUACUUAGUUUUUCUGGCUUUUCAAAGGACAUUGUCUCUCAUCUUUUGAAAUUAUGUUUUCAGCUUCAUUUUUCAUUUGCCUAAUCUGUCUGCUAACUUAUUCAUCAGCAUGCUAUAUUCAGAAUUGUCCCAUAGGAGGUAAACGAUCUGUCCAGGACACAGAUCUCAGGAAGUGCCUUGCCUGUGGCCCCGGAAAUGCAGGGCAGUGUUUUGGACCAAAUAUUUGCUGUGGAGAGAAGUUGGGCUGUUUCUUUGGUACUACAGAAACUUUGAAAUGUCAGAAGGAAAUUUACUGGCCUUCUCCUUGCCAGUCUGGAGGAAAACGUUGUGGUUCUGAAGGUGGUAGUUGCGCAGCCCCUGGAAUUUGCUGCAGCGAUGAAAGCUGUACUGUGGAUUCUACAUGUGACCAAGGAGGCAUGUUUGCCUGAAUCCGUUUACUAUCAGAGACCAAUCAGCAUACUUCUGUAUCUGGAAUGUGCCACGGUAUAAAUGCAAGCUAAAAAAAACUCUACCAACA